GUCCACUCCGCGCGGUCCGCCUGUCGUUCCAUUACUAACCAAAACAAAAAAAUAAUACAUAUCUCAAAAAUCGACUAAUAACAAAAUAACUCAUGUGACAGUUCUUCCGCCAUUUUGAAACUUUAUUUUUUAAUUUUUUUUCGAACAGCGACACGCGAGUCGUACAGCGUUCGGGAUUUGAAAUUGUUUCGGAACUAAAUGUUUUAUAGUUGGUGUGAUUAUAUGGAUCAAUUGAGGAUUCUCAAUUAAUUGAAGAAUUAGCAACGCAUCAAAGCCGAAACUUCGCGAAACGGCGAAUCGUACACAGUACGAGACCAAAGACCGCGGACGACCGGGACACUCCCGAACUACGACAUCGGUGACGUCAAACAUGGCGUCCACCGACACUUCGACCUCCAGCACUAUCACCGCCGCAGCUCCAGAAGAGCACAAGCGAACCGUGGACGAGGCAUUCUUGAACAAGUUGAAAAUGCUCGUCGAAAGGUUAAGACUUGAAAAUGCGACCUUGAGGAAAUCGCUCGAUGUCGAGCGGAGCGAGAUCCGAGCGCUAAAGGCCCAGCAGGAAUCCACAUUACGCAACCUCAAGACUGAACACAAGAAACAAGAAGAGUUCUUAGAAAAACAAUUACGUUGUAUGAAACCAGAAAAAGAGGAACAAGCGUAUGGAAACCAUAAACUAAUAGAACUAAAAAAACUAACAACAGAGAUUCAGUCUUUAAAAACAGCAAACAAGGGUCUUCAAGAAAAACUCAAGGUUGCUCAAGGGGCAGAAUGCGCCCGAGCGGCGGAGCUGCGUGCCCAGGCCGCCAAGCACGAGGCGUUGGAACAAGCCGCGCGUAGAGAUGCGCGUGCACAGUGCCGUAAGCUGCUGGAGGAAAUAAAAUCGAAAGAGCGAGUGAUAAUACAACUGAGAAGAGAGGUAGCGAGGACGAAUUCUCUACAAAAUGAUCAGACACAAAGAAUGGAGUGCGGAGCAGCAGAGCUCAGCAGGAAACUGCGUACAGAUCAGAUUAAAGAGAAGAAUAACCGAGACGAUCUGAAGACAGAUAUACAACACAGAAAGGAAUCGUUCUAUAGAGAGGCUCCGUCUGACGAGGACUCUGCGGUGUCCUCUGCACCUGCCUCACUCUCGCCGCAGCCGCUCACCGAUAUGUGGUCAUGCGGGCAGUGCCGUGCGGUGUCGGAGCGCGCCAGUGUCGCGGCGCGCGAGUGCACGCGGCUGGCCGACGCGCUGCGCGACGCGCGCGAUCAGCUAGAGCUAAUGGAGUUCAGGCUCUUGGAGCUAGAAGACGCGACUCCCGAUAAGGGUGCUAGGGACAACCUAACAGAUUCAGACUCGGGCUGCGUGUCCCCCGGCUCCCGAAUAAAGAACUCUGCAUCGCCUGAACUCAAGCGAAUGGAUUCAGGGUACAAGUCGCCACACGCUCCGAGCAGCCCUUGCAAUCCAAGACGCAAUCUAAACACCCCGCAAGAUGAUUUCAAAGAGGACUUCGCAAAGGCACAAGUAUUGGCAGAAAUUCUGGACAGGAACUUGGAGACCAGUGACUCGUUGAAAAGCAACCCAGUGAAGGAUCAUCUCGAGCAGAUGAUCUUGAAUGCCGCUUCUGUUGAAGACAGAAAUUGUCUGGAGCAAGUCCUGAUGUUGCUUUAUAACUUGCAAGCAUUGAGUAGCUCCGUCAGCGAAGAUGAAUGUUAUCAGGCAAAACCGAAAAACAUAAGCGAUCUAAUAAAACCUAAACCUGAAACUGAUAUUCCAUCAAAGACACAAAAGGCGAUCGCAACAGUAACCCCUUACCAGCAGAAGGGUUACAAAUGUGAAUCUCUAGAAAGCCUUUGCAGUGAAGAGAGGAAACCUAACAGUGUACUUCAAGAGAGCGGCAUCUUCGAAGGUGUCGAGACAGAGUCCAAAUGCACACAGACUGACGUGAAUGACAGUUUCGAAUGUACCGGUGAACUGAAUACCGAAAUUCAACGACUGAAUAGUAUUAGAGAAAAACUAGAGAAGCAAGGAGUUAGAAAUAGAUCACUAAGUAGUAAAGAGGAAGGAGAUGGCCUGGAGUGUAAGUGUGUGAAGUUGGGACAGAAACACAAGCAGUAUUAUGAAAGGAGGCUUAAAUUCUUGGAGGGAAAGAUAUCUAUUUAUGAGGCGGCGCAGGACGUGAAAGAGGCUAAACUUGCUGAGAGAUUGCAGAAAGAAUUUCUGCUUGAAAAUCGGAUACAGGAACUCGAAACACAACUUGUAGAUCUUCAGGACAAGUACGAAAGAUUAGAAGAAGAAUGUUGUGAAUUGGAAGAGAUAGAAAACGAUACACGAUUGCAUUGGCAACAGCUUGAGAUGGACUAUGAGCUCUGUUCAGCUCAACUAAGAGAUAUGACGGAGCAAAGGGAGUGUUCUCGUGCUCAGGCCGAAAGGCUUAUGUGCCAAUUGAACAAGAGGGAAUGCGCUUUGAGAGCUAGAGAGACUGAGCUGAUGACAAGAUUGAGCCAAUUGGAGAGAGCCGUGCCGGCGUUAAUAGCCUGGAACGUGUUUAGAGUUAUUGGCACGGAUUUGUCGCCUACGAGUAAGCAAGUACUGCGGAAUCGUAUGAGUCCUCUCUGUGAAGACACCAAGAUGGCGAUAGCAAAAAUAAAGCAUGUUUCUGAAAAGAGUCAGCAUAUCUUGAACACUAAAGCUGAGUGCUUGAAAAACAAAAACGUCGAGGAGCAAAUACGCAAGCUGUUAGCCGAGAGGCAUGAAAUUGAGACUAAAGCAGAACACACCAAAAAAACACUUGAAGCAAAGAUCUGUAAACUACAAAAUGAGUUGGAAACGGCCAAGAGGCAGGUUUUAGCAACAGUUUGCGGAUGUGAAGCUAAGAAGGGGGAAAUUGAUAUAAAGAUUGACGAACUGGAGAGGGUGACAAGGAAAGACCCGAAAAAUGAACAUUUGCCGGUAGACCCUGCUACUGCAAGGAAACUGGAUGUACUCAUAGCCCAUGAAAAAGAACUGAAGCAAAGAGUUGCCGAGUUAGAGAAACGGGAAGCCGCGUAUUUGGAGAUGCUUACUCAAGCCGACGACAUGUGGGCUGAAAUGGAAGGUGGUUACAAGAAGAAGAUUCAAGAGUCUAAGGCGACUGAGGGACAUUUGAAGAAAAAGAUCCAGGUGUUAGAAUGCGAAAAAUCUGACUGGAAAAAGGUAUUAGAUCCUAUAAAGAAGAAGGUCAAAGAGAUAGAAGAAUCAGAAUCAGCAGCGCGAGUCGCAUUGGAGAAGGCGGAAAGGGAUGCUAAUGUACUCAAGGUUGAAAACGUUUCGCUUAGACAAAUGUUUGAGAAAUCCGACGCGGAAGCUAAGAAGAUGGAAAACGAGUUAAAAUCUCUUGAUAACAAAUUUAAAAAGGAACUGGAUCAUUUGCGUAAGAUUGCUAGACUGGCGGAGGGCGAGCUGCUCACCCACAAAGACUCGGCUAAGAAGGCGGAGAAAAAAUUUGCAGGAGAUCUGGACACUAUCAGAAAAGAGCUCAACAGAUGCUACAAGCAAUGCCAGGAGCUGGACGUGACCAACAGUGAAUUGAAGGAGGAGGUUGAAUCUCUGGAAAAGCAGUUAACUUUGACUCAAAAAGCUUUAAAUCAAUGCAAGAGGAAAUGUGACGAGAAAAUAAAGACCCUAAGUCACGAACUGUCUAUAAAAACUGAAGAAUUAGAAGAGUUGAGGAGCGAAACUAUGAGACAGACUUACCACGCAUCCCGCAAUGACUUAAAACCUGAUAGAACUGAGUAUGUCGAUGAAGGUUACUCGAUCUACACGGCGGUACCAAAGAAAACAGAUUACGGAAGGAUGCACCACAGCAUGAGUUACAUAUCGUCGGACUCGGGUUGUUCUUGUCCGUCGAUGAGGAGUCAGCUGGUGAGCCAGCUGAUCGAAGAUUUAUUUGAAAGGAUUCACAACACUGUUGAUGAUGAUUUGACGAGAUUGUGUAAAGAAAUCACUCCGGUGAAUUGCAAAGAAGCGAGUGCUGAAACCAAAGCGAAAAUUUCGAAUUACCUCUUAAUGGCGAUAUCAAAGGAGCUCGUUAGGUCCAUUGGAGACGCUGACGCAAAGACUGACACUGACGAUUGGCAACGCGCCGUCUCGUCCAUGACGUAUUCAGUGCCCGGCUACACAAACGAAGCACGCGGCGACUUUGCUUCCCUGCGAUUGGCUGGCAAUGCGGGCGUACUACACGGAGCCACGCGAUUGGCCAGCGUGAGCUGCGCUUGCGCUGCUGCUAGGCUCUGUGCCGCUGUUCCCGAGUUGGCUGAUACAGUUAAAAGCUGUCAGGAGGAAGUUUUGGAUCAUGGAGAUGUGAAAAUCAUGGAGGAGCAGUUGGCGAACGCUAUUGAAAGUAUUGUUAAUUGUCCAUCUUGUGCGUUGGGUACAAAUUCGAUAGUUUGGAGCACGGACGUGUAAGGACGAGAAUCGUGCAAAUUUAUGUGUUAUAACUCCACCGACCUCACUCUGGUGCCUUCAUUAGUUAAGCUAAGCCAGUAUAUUUACGAACUGUACAUAUUUUGUAUUAUAUACACUAUACUCUAAAUAUACAAUACAAUUUGUACUAAGCGAUCAUAUCGAACAAAUCGUAAUUUCAAUUCGAAUCUAAGUUUUUUUUCGACGUGAUUUUUUUUUUAAUUUAUAAUUUGACUUCCGUGCCAAUUGUGUUUUAGACUUUUUAAGUUUUUUUUUGUAAAUAGUUAAAAACUACCUACGAUUAAUUUUAAUCAACGACGUUCUUUAUAAUAUCGAACGAUAAUAUCUGUAUUUAAAGGGUCGUGUUUAGAUAAAAACUGACC